GCGGGCUUACAUCCUGUUUCUAUUCGCCAUGAUGUCGACAAGAUUACUUCUACUUCUUUAUCUGACUGGACACGUAUUUGCCAAAAAAUCACAAGAUGUGGAUUGCUUGGUGGUGAAUCUAGAUUAUGUUUCCUGCAAAUGGAAUAAGACCGGGACUCCUGAGGUCAACUACACCUUCUACAGCAAGUUGGGCAAUGACCAAUGGAAAAUAUGCAACCACUAUUUGACAGAGAACAACGUGAACAUUGGAUGUAACCAGCAGGUAGAUUCGGGAGAUAGAUUCAAAACAUUUCGAACUCGACUGACAAAUGGGAGCGAAAAUUUUGAGAAGGGUCACGAGCUUAAAAAACAAGUCAAGUUAAACCCACCAACCAACCUGACUGUCCUGAAUGGGUCGGACUUUAAUCUGUGGUUUUACUGGAACCACACUUCUCCUGCUCCCUUACACUGUGUGGAGGGUGAGGUCCGCUUCAGGACAAACAACAAUAACUGGGAUUUCUCUAAAGUUAGCGCCGGGAUACAGAAAUACUGCAUCAACUUGCCCUCAAGCAGUUCCCGAUAUGAGCUGCAAGUGCGGAACAGAAUAGAUGAUUCCUGUGGAGAGUCCAUAUUCUGGAGUGACUGGAGUGAGCCUGUGGUCUGGGGAUCCAACAACAGCACAUACUCUAAAGAUUUGAUGUCUCCGUGGACGCCGGUGAUAUAUCUGGUGGGUGUAAUCAGUUUCAUCCUGCUGGCCAUGCUAUUAAUGCACCAUGAAAGGCUCAGAAUCAUCCUCGUCCCUGUGGUUCCCAAGCCAUCUCCAUUCCUGCAUAACAUCGAGGAUUGGUUUCAGUUCUCCAAAGGCCUGAAAGACAAUUUUAAACCGGACUACAACGAGCGUGCCUGCCCUGUGCGUGAGUACAACUAUGUCUCCCAGUCUGAUGUGGUGAGCUCCGACGGCUCCACCUGCUCUGUCACCACCGACCAAACCGACUGCUCCAUCGAACACGAUCCAGAAGACCUGUCCGCCCCCUUUCCCUCUAACCCAGUUUCAUCUGAGGAGGUGCAAAAGGCUUCUGUUUAGGAGCCAUGUUUGGAUUUCACAAACAUGAAUCAACAAACCUCCUGCCUGAUUGCAAGAGAUACCUUAAUUUGACCAAAUAAAUGGUAGCCCAAUAGUUACUAUCAGAAUAACCCCAAUAAUUGGUUCAGGAAUUUAAUUUGAACAAUGCCUAUUAUACAGGUAAAACCAAAGCAUCCGAUUAAAAUUUUAGAAGUUAAUAAAGUUCAUAAAGACUUUAAUAUGUUUCUAAAAUCCUUGUGUAAUUUAUGGUUACUCUUGAAAACAUUGUUUAGACUCUAAAUAUUUGACUAAUUGAGGCUUUGACGUACGUAUAAUCCUUUGUUGACUUCCGAAAUGAGCACCAGGAACUGUUCUCAUAUCCAAUCCCUCAAAUGGUUUUUUUUUUUUUUAUCUUUUUUUAAAUUUUUGUUUUCUUUUUAAAGCAAGAACGAUUGUUAAAGUGUUAAUUUGGAGAGACGCAGUAUUGUAUCCUGUAAGCUGGGCUGAAAGUAAUUACAUAUUAAUACAUACAAGCCCAACUUUACUCAGAAAAAAGCAAGGAGUUUAACUUAAGCAGCAAUGUUCCCUCUAAGCUGCGCACAUGCGCAAUUGCGUACUGCUGGCACGGUCUCUGCGCACAGAAAUUCUGCGUUGGGCACAAAAGAAAUCUAACCUGAAUUGAAAUUAAAAUUAAUACUUUAACAAUUCUGUUUCGCAGUGUUAGUCAGUAAGUGACUGGGAACGAUAUGGGAACGAUGCCACCUUAUCCCAUAGUCCAGCCAAUAAUGCGUAUAUGCGCAGCCAAUCAACGUGGUUGACAGGCUAUGACAGCGUCCUUAUGUGCCGACACCGGUGUUUUAGCUAGCAAAGGGGCGUGGCUGAUGUGGA